AUGAUCGACUCACUCAUCACCAUCGCCUUCGUCUUGUCCAGUGCAUUGACGGUGGUGAUUCUACUGCUCCCCUCGCAGUAUGUCCCACCUCGAUCAUCGACAGGACAGGCGGAGAAGGAGAAGCCCACCGUACAGAUCCUCGUCUUGGGAGAUAUUGGACGGAGUCCGCGCAUGCAAUACCAUGCCUUGAGUAUUGCUAGGAAUGGGGGGAAGGUGGUUAUAAUUGGAUAUAAAGAAUCCGACCCCCACCCUGAUAUCGUAUCCAAUCCUAAUAUCACCAUCGUUCCCUUGCGUCCUCAUCCGGCUAUCCUACAGACCAGUAAUAAACUUCUGUUUAUGAUGUUUGGACCAUUGAAGGUUCUCUUCCAGGUCGCUUGUCUCUGGCAAUGCCUUGCGUACACGACCGCUCCGGCGCGGUGGAUUAUCGUGCAGAAUCCACCUUCUAUUCCUACGUUGGCCGUGACCUCCGUGUCAUGCUUCUUACGGCAAACACGGCUCAUUAUUGAUUGGCAUAAUUUUGGAUACUCGAUUCUGGCACUCAAGCUAGGUGACACACACCCUCUGGUUAAGCUAUCGACCUGGUAUGAAAAGACUUUCGGCCGCUCAGCUUCAGCCCACCUCUGUGUAACAGAUGCGAUGGGUCGGGUUCUGAAGAAGGACUUCCAGCUUCAGGCGCCCAUCUUGUCAUUGCACGAUCGACCAGCGAGUCACUUUAACCCCAUUACCAGCUCCAACGAGCGCACCGAGUUCCUUACGACUCUGCCAGAGACAGGGUCUGUUCGCCCAUUGUUGAAAUCAGGUGCCGUUCGUGUCCUGGUGAGCUCCACAUCCUGGACUGCCGAUGAGGACUUUUCUGUCCUCAUUGAGGCUUUGGUGAAGUAUUCCGAACUCGCCGUGGCCCAACCACACCUUCCAGAUAUUCUAGCCAUCAUCACUGGAAAGGGUCCGCAAAAGGAAAUGUAUUUGAAGCAAAUCGCGACCUUGGAAGCAGCGGGAAAACUUCAAAGAGUCACCAUUCGAACCGCAUGGUUGACCGUGCCAGACUAUGCGCGACUCUUGGCAUCAGCAUCUCUAGGUGUCAGCCUGCACAACAGUAGUAGCGGUGUUGACCUCCCAAUGAAGGUUGUGGAUAUGUUUGGUGCGGGACUUCCGGUUGUUGGCUGGAGUCGAUUUGAAGCCUGGCCGGAGCUGGUAACCGAAGGUGUCAACGGGAUGGGCUUCGGAAGCUCGGGGGAGCUAACCGAUCAGUUGGUUGAGCUGUUCGGUGACAAUCAAAAACUAGAUCGCCUGCGGGCAGGUGCCCAAAAAGAAAGCUUGCGUCGAUGGGAUGACGAGUGGGAUCCCAUUGCAGGAGCAUUGCUUGGCUUGACAUAG